CGUCUCCCUGCCCAAGAAAACUACCUCUCAGCAGUUAUGAGCGUGAAUUUCAUAUAUUUCUACGGAAUUUGUGUAUGUAUAUUGACAUAAACUGAAAUGGAGACGAGAGAGAAGAAAGAGCGACAUGUCAUAUGCAUGGUGUCAGACUUUUUCUACCCCAAUGUGGGUGGUGUAGAGGAACAUAUUUUCCAGUUAUCACAAUGUCUUCUUGGACGCGGCCAUAAGGUCAUUGUCCUUACCCAUGUGUAUGGCAACCGGAGGGGAGUCAGACACAUGACUAAUGGUCUCAAGGUGUACUACUUACCCAUUCAGCCAUUCUACAGUCAGUCAGUGCUUCCGACCUUCAUCACAAGCAUUCCACUUUUACGAAAUAUAUUUGUACGUGAGAGGGUUACUAUUGUUCAUGGACAUUCAGCCUUUUCAACAAUGGCACAUGAAGCCAUGAAUUUAGCAAGAGCAAUGGGACUCAAGAGUGUGUUUACAGAUCAUUCACUCUUUGGUUUUGCUGACAUGUCUGCAAUAGUGACAAAUAACUUCCUGGCCAUAUCUUUAGCCGAUGUUAAUCACUGCAUAUGCGUUUCGUAUGUUGGGAAAGAGAAUACAGUCCUGAGGGCUAAUGUAGACCAAGAAAAAGUUUCGGUCAUUCCCAAUGCCCUCGACACCCAGGUUUUCAUGCCAGAUCCAGACCAGAGACCCAAAGAUAAAAUUAAUGUGGUUGUGAUGAGUCGUCUUCAGUACAGAAAAGGAGUGGAUCUGCAGCCAGAAAUAAUAAGACGUAUAUGUUCCCGGUAUCCGCAGGUGAACUUUAUCAUUGGUGGGGACGGGCCAAAGCGAAGUAUACUGGAGGAAGUGCGAGACGAAGUUGGUAGUGACCGCCUGGAACUCCUUGGUGCCGUACCCCAUGCCAAUGUCCACGGAGUCCUCGUAAAGGGACACAUAUUCCUGAACACUUCCUUGACCGAGGCCUUUUGCAUAGCCAUCUGUGAGGCCGUGUGCUCAGGGUUGCAGGUAGUGAGCACGAACGUCGGGGGAAUUCCCGAAGUUCUCCCGUCCCACCUCAUUCUCCUUGCUCACCCUAAUGUGGACAGUUUAACUCAGAUUUUAGACGUAGCCAUUCAAAGAGAAAUAACCAGGAGAAGAAUUGACCCGUGGGCAAUGCACAGGGAAAUGCGCAACUUGUACACAUGGCCAGACGUAGCAAGAAGAACAGAAAUUGUUUAUGAUAAAGUUAGGGGCGAGGAGUCCAGCGCUGAUAUAUAUCAACGUAUACCAAGGUAUAAAAAAUGUGGGUUACUGGCUGGUUGGUUUAUGAUGUUCCUAGUUACUCUGCAAUUCCUGCUUUUGAAGAUCUGUGAUAGAAUCUGGCCUAUUGAGGACAUUGAUAUUGCACCUGACUAUCCCGAGGGCAAUGCAGAGUGGUCCUACGGGGAAGUAGACUUAAACUCGAGAAGACAUAGAAACUCCAUUCUUGUCAACGGAGCUCCGAGAAUCUCAAGACUGUUAGAUCGACCCAGCUGCAAGAUGAAUAAUUCCGUUAGCUAAAGGAAGUGACUUCCGUGUUUUUUUCCUUUUGAACGAGGGGUGGAUUUUGCGUGUUGUGUGUAUAUAUAUAAGCAUGUCACUGAUGUAAAUUUGAUGCAGAUGUUGUGUAUUUUAUAUAAAUUUUAUUAAAAUAAAGAUAUGAA